AUGAAGCAGUACGAGGAUCCGCCGGCCGAGAUCUUCCACACCGCGCACCCGGCGCACGGCCUCAAGCUGGUGCCCGCCGGCGCCACGUUCGUCUGCGGCGGCUGCAAGGAGCCCGGCGACGGGGCCCGGUACGCGUGCGGCUGCGGCGGGAGCGUCAGCUUCGACCUCCACCCGCCCUGCGUCCUCGCCGACGAGGACGAGGCGAUGCGGCACGCUCUGUUCCCCGGCCGCGACUUCUUCGUCCCUGCGCCCCCGCCCCCGGUGGACAGGACGAUCUGCGACGCCUGCGGCGAGCCCGCGCGCGGGUACGUCUACCACUGCUUCGAGGCCGACCUGGAGCAAGUUGAAGGGGGUGCAUCUGCCUUCUUUGCCCCUAGUCGUUCGCGGCCGUGCGGCCUGUGCGGUGGCCGCCGCAGCGGCUUCUGGGCGUACCGCUCCUUCUUCGACGGCGAGGCUGUGGACCUGCACGUGACGUGCAUGAAGGACUUGGCUCGCCUGAGCUGUGAGGCGGCGGCGUGCAGCAAGAACUGGGGCGGCGGCGGUCACCAGAUCGUCCAGGCGAGCCUGCCCAACAUGGACCGCACGCUGCAGAGCUUUCCCAGGGAUAAGCGGAAGAGGAGUGGGUUUGACCGGUUCAUCAGGAUUGUUAGAGCAAUUCCAACAGACUAG